CUAUUUCUCUAUAAGAAGGAAUCAGAUGCUCAUGAAGUCCCUUAACCCCUCUGUCAAUAAGUUUUAAUUACGUCCAACAAUUCAUAUCAGCUCUCAACAUAUCAGCUCUCAAUCCUGCAGUCACCUACUCCGCAUAAUGUCCCAAAAGGCCUUCAUCACCGGCGCAACAGGCUAUAUUGGCCGUGUUGUCACAGAACUCGCCGUCAAAGAAGGAUACAACGUCCGUGGUCUCUCGCGUCGUGAAGAAGGUGACGCCCUCUUGCAGUCUCUCGGGGCGACCCCUGUCCGCGGCGACCUCAAAAGCGCCGAGCUUCUCACCGAAGAGAGCAAAAACGCCGACAUUGUCUUCCACCUCGCUUUCGACCACGACUUCUCCAAGCCCUACCAGGACCUCGUCAACCUCGACAUCGCCGCCGUCAGCGCCCUAGCCAAGGGCCUCGAAGGAACCGGCAAGCCCCUCAUCGUCACCAACGGCACUGCAGGCGUGCAAGCAGACCCCAACGGCGGCGAAACCGACGAAACAACACCCCAGGCUGAACAUACUUUCGGCAACCGCGACGUCGCCGAGAAGCAUGCACUCUCAUUGGUUUCCAAGGACGUACGCGUCGUCUGCAUCCGUCUCCCACAAUACGUCUACGGCCGCAGCAACUCCACCGGCUUCGCGGCGCAACUGAUCAAGCUUGCUCUUAAAUCCGGCGAGGCUGUGUACAUUGGCGAUGGCGAGUACUGCUUCUCGGAUGUAUACGUCGAUGAUGCCGCGAAAUUAUACCUCCUUGCCGCUAAGCAUGCAAAGGCCGGGGAUGUCUUCAAUGGCACCGGUCACACCACUACCACUUACAAGGCCAUGGCGAAUGCAGUCAGCGAGCUUGUAAAGGUUCCUGCACGGUCUAUUACCCCUGACGAUGCAGUUGCGCGCUGGGGACCGUUUUUGGCUGCGUUUAUUGGGAUCAGGAACCGUGCUUCGAACAAGAAGGCGGUUCAGGAGCUUGGGUGGACGCCUGUUGGCCCGGGACUACUUUGGGAGGUACACACUGGAAGCUAUGGGCCUGUUGCUGAAAAGUUCAAGAAAGAAAUUGCGGCUGCUUGAGUGUGGAUUAAUUUCUAAGAUGUGAUUUGAGCGCUGCGUUUUACUCCAUCUGGGGUGGGAUAUUCUCACUGUGUAUUCAUCGUUGUAGUUAGGUGUAAUCCCAACUAACACGGGCCACAAAUCUUCAUGUCCAAUGAACGAUUAAGGAAUGACAAUUAAUCCCGUCCUCUCGG